AUGUUUUCUAUGGUAACUGAGUUCAUGAAUUAUAGUCAACAAACAGUACGAGCUGCAAGGUACAUCGGCCAAGGUUUCAUGAUUACUUUAUCACAUGCGAGUCGUUUACCUGUAACUAUUCAAUAUCCCUACGAAAAAUUGAUUACAUCGGAGCGUUUCCGCGGCCGAAUCCACUUUGAAUUUGAUAAAUGCAUUGCUUGUGAAGUAUGUGUUCGUGUAUGUCCUAUAGAUCUACCUGUUGUAGAUUGGAAAUUGGAAAAGGAUAUUAGAAAGAAACGAUUGCUUAAUUACAGUAUUGAUUUCGGAAUCUGUAUAUUUUGUGGUAAUUGCGUUGAGUAUUGUCCAACAAAUUGUUUAUCAAUGACUGAAGAAUAUGAACUUUCUACAUAUGAUCGCCACGAAUUGAAUUAUAAUCAAAUUGCUUUAGGGCGUUUACCAAUGUCAAUAAUUAAUGAUUACACGACUCGAACAAUUUUGAAUUUGCCUAUGAAAUAA